CGUCGAGUGGGCGUAAGGCCGGGCAGCCGCUCCGCAACGCCCCUCGCUCUGCCGCGCUGCGCCCACCGUCCGUGGCCUCGGAGCACCGGGCCCAUCCCGGGCAGCCAAACCGAGCUAUGACGCCCCCAGCCGUGUCCCCGCCCGCCCGGUGGAGCGCGGCGGCCCCGGGACCGGCCGUACCAGGGGUCCGGGCCCUGCUGCUGUGCGCGGCGCUGGCUGCCGGGACGGGGCGGGCAGAGCCGUCCCCCGCAACCCCCCUCUUCCCCUUCCAGGACCCGGCCCUGCCGUGGCAACGCCGCCUCGACGACCUGAUGGGCCGUCUGAGCCCCGACGAGCUGGUGCUGCAGGUGGCGAGGGGGGGAGCGAUGGGCAACGGCCCCGCACCCCCCAUCCCGCGGCUGGGAAUCGGGCCCUACAACUGGAACACGGAGUGUCUGCGGGGGGAUGCGGAGGCACCCGGCUGGGCCACAGCCUUUCCCCAGGCCCUGGGGCUGGCUGCCACCUUCAGCCCUGAGCUCAUCUACCGAGUAGCCAAUGCCACUGCUACAGAGGUCAGAGCCAAGCACAACACAUUUGCUGCCACCGGGCGCUACGAUGACCACACUGGGCUCAGCUGCUUCAGCCCUGUCCUCAACAUCAUGCGGCACCCACUGUGGGGCAGGAACCAGGAGACCUACGGGGAGGACCCAUUCCUCAGUGGAGAGCUGGCCCACAGCUUCGUGCAGGGACUGCAGGGUCAGCAUCCCCGCUACAUCAAGGCCAGCGCUGGCUGCAAGCACUUCAGUGUGCACGGAGGACCUGAGAACAUCCCCGUCUCCAGGCUCAGCUUUGAUGCCAAGGUGCUGGAGAGAGACUGGCACACCACCUUCCUGCCCCAGUUCCAGGCGUGUGUGCGUGCUGGUUCCUACAGCUUCAUGUGCAGCUACAAUCGGAUCAAUGGCAUUCCUGCCUGUGCCAACAAGAAGCUGCUGACGGACAUCCUGCGUGGAGAGUGGGGGUUCAAGGGCUAUGUAGUGAGCGAUGAGGGGGCCCUGGAGCUCAUCGUGCUGGGGCACCACUACACACGAACCUUCCUGGAGGCAGCAGUUGCCUCCAUGAACGCCGGCUGCAACCUGGAGGUCUCCUAUGGCUUGAGGAGAAACGUCUUCAUGCACAUCCCCCAGGCUUUGGAGACGGGCAACAUCACACUGCAGAUGCUGCGUGACCGGGUCCGGCCCCUCUUCUACACACGGAUGCGGCUGGGGGAAUUCGACCCCCCGGCCAUGAACCCCUACAGUGCCCUGGACCUGAGUGCCGUGCAGACCCCGGAGCACCAGAACCUCUCACUGGAAGCUGCUGUCAAGAGCUUCGUGCUGCUGAAGAACAUACGGGGGACGCUGCCCCUCAAGGCUCCAGACUUGCUUGGCAAGCGCCUGGCGGUGGUGGGUCCCUUUGCUGACAACCAUCGGGUGCUGUUUGGGGACUACGCUCCAGUGCCGGAGCCGCGGUACAUCUACACUCCCCGGAGAGGGCUGGAGAUGCUGCAGGUCAAUGUCAGCUUUGCAGCAGGCUGCCCCGAGCCGCGGUGCCAGCGGUACCACCCGGCAGAGGUGGUGGGUGCAGCGGGGGCUGCUGACGUGGUGGUGGUUUGCCUGGGAACAGGGGUGGAUCUGGAGACAGAGGCAAAGGACCGGAGCGACCUGUUGCUGCCAGGCCACCAGCUGGAGCUGCUGCAGGGUGCUGUGCGGGCGGCUGCUGGCCGCCCUGUCAUCCUGCUGCUCUUCAACGCUGGGCCCCUGGACGUGAGCUGGGCACAGGCACAUGAGGGUGUGGGGGCCAUCCUGGCCUGCUUCUUCCCUGCUCAGGCCGCUGGCCUGGCCAUCACCAGGGUCCUGUUGGGUGAGAUGGGGGCCAACCCAGCCGGCAGGCUGCCAGCCACAUGGCCCAUGGGCAUGCACCAGGUGCCACCCAUGGAGAACUACACCAUGGAGGGGCGGACAUACCGGUACUAUGGGCAGGAGGCCCCACUCUACCCCUUUGGGUACGGGCUGUCCUACACCACCUUCCAGUACCGGGACCUGGUGCUAAGCCCCCCAUCACUGCCCCUCUGUGCCAACCUCUCCGUGUCUGUGGUGUUGGAAAACACGGGGCAGCGGGAUGGUGAGGAGGUGGUGCAGCUCUACCUGAGGUGGGAGCAGUCGUCGGUGCCAGUGCCGCGCUGGCAGCUGGUGGCUUUCCGCCGUGUGGCCAUACCAGCCGGCCAGGAGACCAAGCUGUCCUUCCAGGUGACAGCCGAGCAGCGUGCUGUCUGGGCACAGGACUGGCACCUUGAACCUGGCACCUUCACCCUCUUUGCUGGUGGGCAGCAGCCGGGCCAGCAGACACGGGCACCCUCAGAGGUCCUGAGCUCCCAGUUCACCAUCACCGGCACAGCCCGGCCCUUGCGUGGGUGCUAGAGGCACCCGGCAGCCCACGGUGCUGGUGCUGGUGCUGGGCAGGGGGUGUGGUGGGUAGGCUGCCUCGCAAUAAAGUGGGACCACA